ACUUUGACUCUGUCAAUGAUGUUUGUUUAAUCUCAUGUGGCAUGAAGAAUCAUUUUAUUGCGAUCAGAUGGACCAGACCAUUUCAUCGGGGUGCUGCCCGCACGUACUGAGGAGAGAAUAGAGCCUGCACGGGGUAUUCCUUACACAUGUUCCAGGGCUACUUGCCCCUGGCUUCCAAAUUCACCAUAUUCUGGGGUUUCUAAGGCAAAUCUCUGAUCGGGACAUAGGCAAUCAUUUCAAAGGAGCUAAGAGCCUAUCAUCAGUCGAUGCUGGACUGAGGAUAGUGUUGGGAUAGGCCAGCCUGAGCCAUGGCUCAUGGGAAGAAACCAGGGAAGAUCACCAGAAUCCUGGGACCCAGCCCUUCAUCGUGCCCAGGAGGAUCCAUAGAGAAGAAGCCAGGAACUAUUAGGAGAAUAUUGGCCCCCAGCCCUCCGCCCAGCCCGGGUCCCACAGGAUCCACAGAGGAGUCUAAUGAAGGACCUCAUGAUGAAGGACCUCAGAAAGAAAGACCACAGAGUUUGAGGAGUAAGGACACGCCACCCUGCCCUGACCCCCUAUCCACAGGGGAGCCUACUGAUGAAGAACCCUGGGGUCUGAGCAGCAAAGGCACAACUGAAAGACUACAUGAUGGAAUUCGGAGUCUGAAGAGUGAAGGACCUCCUCAACACUCGCAGAGCACCAGCAAUGAGGAGCUGGACAAUAACAAUGAUGAGAGGACCCCUGGGCCUGCAUCACCUGUCCCUGCUAGCCCAACCCAGGCCCGCCCAACCCAGGCCUACAGCAAAAUGACCCAGGCCCAGAACUACCCUCGGCAGUCAGACGCCCAGGCCCAGAACUACCCUCGGCAGUCAGAUGCCCAGGCCCAGAACUACCCUCUGCAGUCAGACGCCCAGGCCCAGCCCCGACAGACCCAGCAGCAUCUCAGAGAGAGUCCAACGAGCCCCAGCACCAGACCCACCUCUGACUCCCCAUCCAGUCAGGAGAGACAGUCCAGGGCUGUUAAACCAUCACCUGUCCUUACCAGUGCCAAUCCUUACCAGCCGUGUCUGAUUAGUCCCUCCAGUUCACCUCUUCCUGUCCCUGCUAGAGCUAGUGUCUCCUCCAAGAUCUCUCUGAACCUGCCCGGCGACUCCACCACCCCUGACAGCUUGGAGGAGGAGGAGGACAGCUGCUCAGAGUACGACAAUGUGGGUUCAGAUGUGGAAGGUGUGGAGCAAGACAUUGAUCAGGUGCUGCAGGUGGAAGACCAGGGUAUGGAGGUGAGGUACUACCCUGAGCCGCAGGAUGGUAUCUAUGUGGAACACCAAGACGGAACCUACAUUAAACACCAAGACGGAACCUACAUGAAACACCAAGACGGAACCUACAUGAAACACCAAGACGGAACCUACAUGAAACACCAAGACGGAACCUACAUGAAACACCAAGACGGAACCUACAUGAAACACCAAGACGGAACCUACAUGAAACUCCAAGACGAAACCUACAUGAAACACCAAGACGGAACCUACAUGAAACACCAAGACGGAACCUACAUGAAACACCAAGACGGAACCUACAUGAAACACCAAGACGGAACCUACAUGAAACACCAAGACGGAACCUACAUGAAACACCAAGACGGAACCUACAUGAAACACCAAGACGAAACCUACAUGAAACUCCAAGACGGAACCUAUGUAGAAGAAUGUGAGGAUGGACCCUAUUGCCCCAAGGAUGCCACCUAUGUAGAAGGUGAGGAUGGUACCUAUGUGGAGGGUAGUGUGGAGGGGGACAGCCUGGAGGGGGACAGCCUGGAGGGGGACAACAGCACCACUGUACAAUACAAACCCACAAGGCCACUGUACGAUCCUGAGUCUGAGGAGAUGCAGGAUAAAGAUAGAAAACCCUGUAGCUCUUCUGAGAAUUACCAUCAGUUCAAUGACAAUCCACAUCAGACACCCAAGGCUGGAGAUAAGGAAGAAAAAGAGGAGGUGGAGGGAGGAGGAGUCUGA